UUCAAUUCAAUUAUAAACGCCCAAAAUCAAUACUUUAACACAAACCUCUUAUCCGUCCAUCAUUUCCCUGAUAAAAAACACAGAACACAAAGCAAACAAUCCAAUUCAUUCACCUUAAAAUCCACGGAAGAACAAAGAAGCACGCAACAUCUACAAUGCCUCUCUCUGUGUCAAUUUCAGUACCCACUGCAUGCAUAAGCUGUUUUGCCUCUUCCAACAAGUCUACUGCUUCUUCCCCGCCAUUGUUAAAGAACCUCAGAUUCCCACGUUUCUGGCCCUGGCAAAAGGUGAAGAUGGGUCCAUUGAGCGUGUCUCCGAUGGGAUUUGGGACAUGGGCAUGGGGUAAUCAGCUUCUGUGGGGCUAUCAAGAAUCAAUGGACAGUGAGCUCCAGCAGGUUUUUAAUAUUGCCGUUGUGAAUGGGAUUAACCUGUUUGACACGGCUGAUUCUUAUGGAACUGGAAAGUUGAAUGGACAAAGUGAGAAGCUUCUCGGGAAGUUCAUACGAGAGUUUGAAGGAAAUAAGCAGGUGCAGGAUAACAUUGUUAUCGCUACAAAAUUUGCUGCAUACCCAUGGCGGUUAACACCCGGUCAAUUUGUGAAUGCUUGCAAGUCUUCAUUGGAUCGGAUGCAAAUUGAGCAAAUAGGAAUAGGGCAAUUACACUGGUCAACUGCAAAUUAUGCUCCUUUGCAAGAGCGGGCUCUUUGGGAUGGUUUAGUGGCAAUAUACGAUAAGGGUUUAGUCCGAGCAGUUGGUGUGAGCAAUUAUGGGCCAAAGCAGCUACUAAAAAUACACAAUUACCUGAAAGCCCGAGGAGUGCCAUUAUGCUCGGCUCAGGUGCAAUUUUCACUGUUGAGUAUGGGAAAAGAUCAGAUGGAGAUCAAGAAUAUAUGUGACUCUCUGGGUAUUCGUUUAAUUUCAUAUAGUCCGUUGGGACUUGGAAUGCUUACCGGAAAAUAUAGUCCAUCCAAUCUGCCAAGUGGACCUCGAGGUCUUCUAUUUGGACAAAUUUUACCAGGACUGGAGCCUCUAUUGAAUUCACUUAAAGAAAUCGCACAAAAAAGGCGCAAAACUAUUCCUCAGGUUGCGAUAAACUGGUGCAUCUGCAAAGGUACAAUUCCAAUUCCUGGAGUCAAGUCAAUCAAACAGGCUGAAGAAAAUUUAGGUGCCCUUGGUUGGCAACUCACUCCAGACGAGUUACUUCAAUUAGAAAAUGGAGCACUUGAAUCUCCACAACAGAUGAUUCAAAACAUUUUUCAGACAAGGUAGAUAUGCUCCAUUCAUCGAUUUUCUUUUUCACUUGGGGGUUUCGGGUGCUAAUGCAAUAAAGUUGGAUAACCUGAAUGCAUUACAUGUUACAACCACAUUGAGUAACACAUCCUUAACAUCAGAUUGUAAGGAGAGGGUACAUAGGCCACUUGUCGAACCUUAAGGAUGUUGAGAUGCAAUUAGUGUACGUUUGGUGCGUGGUACUCUACAAUCCACUUUACCAAACAAGUCUUGAGAGUCAUUAAUUUUCUACCCUCAUAUCAGAAAGGAUGCCCACGAUGACCCAUAUUUUUAACUAGGUGUGAUGUGGGGCCAUAUUAGAGUCAUGACAUUGUGUCGAAGGCUGAGUUGGCUUCUUGUCUUUCUGAAGAGAAAUUGACCACCUCGAUAAUUUUAUCUGUUUUACCUUCCAAUUACAGUUAAACCUUUGGAGGAGAGGCAUGCCCGAUAUAUCAACUUAGAAAACGACCCGGCUUUAAGUUCAGUACAUGCCAAUUUAUAGUUUCUCGUCCAAGUAGGCAGUGUAAUGUUCCAUCAGAUUGAAAGAAAACUCACAGAUUGAAGUCUUGCUGCGAAGGAAUACUCUCUCUAAAGUAUCGACAAUUCCGACUGAAGCUAUACGAGAAAAUCAAAGACACAAGGAAAAAAUAUAGGUUGUCUGGUGCUCAAUCAUAGGUGAAAUUCUAUUCUUUGUUCAUUACAAAUGAUUGUAAAUUGCCUUUCCAUGUAAAUGAGCACAAAUGCAUUAUUUUGAGACCUAAAGCAUUCCAUCAAUUGCUAGCACUUUCUUGUGUUUGUGAAGUGUUUACAUUUACCACCUACGAAGCAUGUUUGGUACAAUCGACUAGGCAUGUUUGGUACAAUCAACUAGGCAGAGAAAUUGACAUUUUCUUGUGUUUGUGAAGUGUUUACAGUUACCACCUACGAGCAUGUUUGGUACAAUCGACUACCUAGAGAAAUUGACAUUUUUGUUAUGUACGUAUCUUUGUGUUUAGUUGAUCAUAUCAAAUAUGCCAUUAACUAUUGUACA